AUGCGAAGCGAUGCGAAGCGAUGCGAAGCGAUGCGAAGCGAUGCGAAGCGAUGCGAAGCGAUGCGAAGCGAUGCGAAGCGAUGCGAAGCGAUGCGAAGCGAUGCGAAGCGAUGCGAAGCGAUGCGAAGCGAUGCGAAGCGAUGCGAAGCGAUGCGAAGCGAUGCGAAGCGAUGCGAAGCGAUGCGAAGCGAUGCGAAGCGAUGCGAAGCGAUGCGAAGCGAUGCGAAGCGAUGCGAAGCGAUGCGAAGCGAUGCGAAGCGAUGCGAAGCGAUGCGAAGCGAUGCGAAGCGAUGCGAAGCGAUGCGAAGCGAUGCGAAGCGAUGCGAAGCGCCGUGGCACCCAGUUUGUGGCAUGAGUAGCGUAUUGCGACGUCAGUAUCUCUAA